AUGUUUCCGCUAACACCGCCGGUAGUGAAACGACUUUUAGAGUGGAAAAAGGGUCCUGAAGGAUCAUCCGCUGCAGAGGACAAAUGGUCAGAAAAGGCAGUGAAAAGUUUAGUUAAGAAGUUAAAGAAAAGCGGAGCUCUUGAGGAAUUAGAAAAGGCGAUAUCUAGCCAGAGUAGUCACACAAAAUGCGUUACUAUUCCAAGGGUAAAACCAAAUGAUAAUAUUGUCAAUGGACAGUACAGAAAGGGGUUGCCGCAUGUUAUUUACUGUAGGCUGUGGCGAUGGCCACAACUACAAAGUCAACAUGAACUAAAGCCAGUGGACCAUUGUGCUUACGCUUACCAGUUGAAGAAAGACGAGGUCUGCAUCAACCCUUACCACUACAAUAAAAUUGACUCUCCUGCACUCCCUCCGAUACUGGUGCCUCGCUGCGCGGAGGGCGAAGUCCGCGCGCCUCCGCCAUACACCGACUAUCACCAGCCACAUCACGAGCAUACCGACGCUGUGUCGCUCAGCGUAAUGCAGAGCGGCGGCGUGGUGGGCGUGGGCGCGCACAGCGCGCUCUACCUGGAGGCCACGCUCGCGCAGCAGGUGCCCGGCAACACCACCGUGCACGUGAGCUCAUCCUCUGUGGAGACCCCACCACCCGGCUAUAUGAGUGAAGACGGCGACCCAAUGGAUCACAAUGACAACAUGAACCUGACACGACUGACGCCAUCGCCGCCCGGUCUGGCCACCGAGGCGGCGCCCGUGCUGUACCACGAGCCGGCCUUCUGGUGCAGCAUCAGCUACUAUGAGCUCAACACGCGCGUGGGCGAGACCUUCCACGCUUCGCAGCCCUCCAUUACCGUCGACGGCUUCACCGAUCCGAGCAAUAGCGAGAGAUUCUGCUUGGGCCUGUUGUCAAAUGUAAACAGAAACGAGGUAGUGGAACAAACGCGUCGGCAUAUUGGUAAAGGUGUCAGGCUAUAUUAUAUUGGAGGUGAGGUGUUUGCAGAGUGUCUGAGCGACUCGUCAAUAUUCGUGCAAAGUCCCAAUUGCAACCAGCGUUAUGGAUGGCACCCCGCCACUGUUUGCAAAAUACCUCCAGGAUGCAACUUAAAAAUCUUCAAUAACCAAGAGUUUGCCGCGUUGUUGUCGCAGUCAGUAUCUCAAGGGUUCGAGGCGGUGUUCCAGCUGACGCGCAUGUGCACUAUAAGGAUGAGUUUUGUUAAAGGAUGGGGAGCUGAAUAUAGACGGCAAACAGUGACCUCGACCCCGUGCUGGAUUGAAUUGCACCUAAAUGGGCCUUUGCAGUGGCUGGACCGAGUACUCACGCAGAUGGGCAGUCCUCGUCUGCCCUGCUCUUCUAUGUCUUAG